UGGUAUUGAGACCGUCGACAGGUAAGGGUAUCACGAAGGCUCCAUUUCUGUCGUUGAAACGGUACUUGAAUUUUAUCCGAAGCGGUCGUACAGCACCAGGAACCACCUCUAAUGGGCUUGGAUGUGAUAAAAUAAAACGACCAUUGUCAUGGUAUUUUGUUUUGAACUAUGAGAGGCAGUGUGUCUGUAUAGUCUAUGUGCAGGUUUCGAGUGGUUGACAAGACAGCGCCACGGUCGGAAGUUCGAAAUAUAUUGCUUGGAAAGCAAUUCAAAAAUUAAGAAUCUGACGCUUGAAAUGACGCUUUGAGAAUUGAAACGGCAAAGAUUUGAAAUCGAAGAAUCGGAUACUAGUUUCCGGGAUGGAGAAAUACGUUGUGGUCGGAAGGAUUGGCGAAGGCGCGCAUGGGCUGGUAUUGAAAGCUUAUCACGUCGAGCAGGGCAAUGAGGUGGCGUUGAAAAAAGUAUUGCUCAAAAAGAUCGACGAGGGUAUUCCGACCUCCGUAUUACGAGAAGUCAAGACUCUGCAAGAGCUGAGACACCGCAACGUAGUCGAGUUAAUCGACGUUUUCCCAGUGGGUUUGGAUUUUGUCAUGGUAUUUGAGUACAUGCCAUCCGGCGUGUGGGAGAUAAUUAGAGACUCGGAGAGGCCGCUAAACGAUUCUCAAAAGAAAACUUACGUUAAGAUGUUGUUCGAGGGUGUAUCGUACAUGCAUGCAAAUAAUGUCAUGCACAGGGAUUUGAAACCUGCCAACUUGCUUGUGAACCGAGAGGGCGUGUUGAAAAUAGCCGAUUUUGGUCUUGGCCGAUUGGUCUGGGACGACAACAGUCAUUCCUAUUCGCACCGAGUUGCAACACGAUGGUAUCGAGCACCGGAAUUGUUGUACGGUGCACGUUAUUAUACUACAGCGGUAGACAUAUGGGCGGUGGGAUGCAUUUUCGGAGAAAUACUUAACAGCGCGCCUUUAUUCGCCGGAGAAACUGACAUCGAGCAGCUGGCUAUCGUUUUGCGACUGCUUGGCUCGCCGACGACGGAAUCUUGGCCCGAUUUGACUACUCUGCCAGAUUACAACAAAAUCACAUUCCCGUGUCACAAAGGUUUGCCCUGGGAUUUGAUUGUACCAGAUGCGACACCGGAUGCUAUAGAUCUGAUCAAACAGCUUCUAGUCUACAACUCAUCGAAACGCUUAACUGCCUCAUCGGCACUAAAACAUUUAUAUUUUCAUUCGCGGCCGUUCCCCUGCCCUGAAUCUGCUUUGCCGAAACCAACGCCGGAUCAUCGGGUUCAAGUAAAGCCGGAAGAAGUUAAAGGAAACUUGAAACGUACAGUCUUGUUUCAAAAUUUGUUGAGCAUCGUGUAACCUUGCUAAUCGUUUUACGUCGAUGACUAUAUUUUGCAAAGAUCUUACGACAUCCGACUGUUACCCAAGAACUUCUAUUUGGCUUACUUCUAGAAAGGCAAAACCGCUAAUUCCUUCGUUAAAAAUCCCAGAGCGGUAAAACAACUUGGCGUUUUCAAUUGAUUUUUUCUGAGAAUAGAAUGCUAAGGCGCGGUCUCUGUGGAAAAUAACAAAGAAUAUCAGUAACAAGACGCGUGAGUGAUCGAAGGCAACUGCUAAAGGUCCUCACAUUGCAUACAUUAUAAAUUUUAAUAUAUAAAUGAUCAGCAACUUUUUUCCAUGUUUAUUACUAUAUUAGGUAAUUUAAAAUUUAUUAUUGUACAGUAGUAGCCUAGUGAUUAUGUGUAGAUCUUAGACAAUAACCAUACGGACAAUUAUUGAUUAAAGAUUCGUUAAAGAAAUUAAAAAAAAAAACAUGGUCGUCGCGUAAAAUUAAUUUUUAUUCCGAGAUCUGAUGAUACUAAAUAAUUACGAUAUUCUUAGCGAGUGCAAUGAUAUA